ACUUGGCAAGAUGAACACUCGGCUCCGUUCUCCUGGGAAACAAAGAGUCAGAUGGAGUUCAGCAUUGCGUCUCUGUCCAUACAAGAACAAGGUGGUGCCCAGUUGCAAAACGAGCAGCGGCAGCCCGUGAAAGCAGCACCUGGUGUCCAAGUCCCCAAACCUUCUCAGGCCAGUAAGGCCCCUGGCUCUGAUGGGUUGAUAGCAUCCAGAAAGGAAGAGGAGUCCUCUUUCUGGAAGAUAAACGCGGAGCGCUCGAAGUUUGAAGGAGACAAGUCUGAGUUCCAGUCCCUGACCCCCAGCCAGAUCAAGUCCAUGGAGAAAGGAGAGAAGCCCCUUCCCUCUUUUUACAGACAAGAGUCUGCUCCAAAGGAGAUGGCGAAAGCUGAGAAGCCCAGCAUAACUAAACCAGAGAAGUCUGUUGCCCCCAGCCUACCUUCUGCAUCUCUCGAAUGGGAGAAACCUCGGCCCACUCAACUCCCUGCUAGUUCUCUAGAUGACUUCUUUCUUCCUGACCCGCCACAGACCCUGACAUCUGCUAGGACAAACAAGGAAGAUACUGAUGGUACUGUACUCACGGAUCCACAAAUGCCCGGACAGACUAGUACAAGCAAUGUAAUCUUGAAGACUGGCUUUGAUUUUCUAGACAACUGGUAAAAGAUACUUCGGAAUAGAUCAAACAAAUUUUGGGGAAGGAGUGGAGUACCUUCCUCCAUGUAUGUUAAUUUACUAGCAUUUGUGUCUUUUUCUAGAAGUAACUUUCAAACUCUUCAAUGUUGCUUUUGUAUGAACUUUUGUAAUACCAUACGCGUUUUUGUUUUUUAAACAGUGAUAGAAGUGUGGUUUCAUUUGAAUAUUUUUUUAAUAUCUGUUAAAAUUUUUAGUAGCUACUGUAUUGAGAGGAUGGGAGAAGUUACCGUACACGUUAAAGAAAAACAAA